AUGGAUUCUGCGGCGCAUUUUAGCAAUGAGAGGGUUCUCAGAGUGUUUCUGGCCUUGUUCUGCUUUUGGGGAUUGCUCUCUCUAACAUGCGCAGCUGGGAGGCUCAGUGUCUCAAGUCAGAAUUUCGAAGUGCACAAACACUUGAAACGAUUGAAUAAACCAGCCGUUAAGAGCAUUCAGCUAUGGAUUCUUGGUGCUUCUUUUGGUCAAGAUCUCAAUAGCAUUGAAGCUGGCUGGCAGGUUAGUCCGGAUCUUUAUGGUGAUAACAAUACACGACUGUUCACAUACUGGACUAGUGAUGCUUAUCAAGCUGCUGGCUGCUACAAUCUCCUUUGUUCUGGUUUUAUACAAGUCAACAGUCAAAUAGCAAUGGGAGCAAGUAUAUCUCCAGUAUCUGGCUUCCAUAACCCGCAAUACGAUAUCAACAUUACCAUUUGGAAGGAUCCGAAAGAAGGGCACUGGUGGAUGCAGUUUGGGGACGGGUAUGUGUUGGGAUACUGGCCAAGCUUUUUGUUCUCAUACUUAGCAGACAGUGCAUCCAUAGUGGAAUGGGGUGGAGAAGUGGUGAACAUGGAAGAAGAUGGUCACCACACGACCACUGAAAUGGAAAGUGGUCAGUUUCCUGAUGCAGGGUUCUCUAAAGCAAGUUAUUUUCGGAAUAUUCAAGUUGUUGAUAGCUCUAAUAAUCUGAAAGAGCCAAAAGGGCUAACACUUUGA